CCUCCGCGUUUCAAACGCAUUGAUUUCUUUCUUCCGUUGCGUGUGAUCUCAGUCAGUACGUCCAUUGUAAGAAAAUGACUAACCAGCUUUGUAAACUGUUCGUUGGCGGCUUGAACGUCCAAACUACCGAUGAAGGCUUGCGGGCACAUUUUGAACAAUAUGGACAGCUAACCGACUGCGUAGUGGUGAUGAACCAGCCACUGCAGCGCUCCCGAUGCUUCGGCUUUGUAACCUACUCGAGCAUUGAGGAAGCGGACGCCGCCAUGGCGGCUAGGCCUCAUGUCGUGGACGGCAACAACGUGGAUUUGAAGCGAGCGGUGGCCCGGGAAGACGCCGGUAAGCCAGAGGCACUAGCUAAAGUUAAGAAAAUAUUUGUCGGGGGACUGAAAGACGACAUUGAGGACGAACACCUCCAAGAGUAUUUCUCCCAGUUCGGCGCCAUCGAGAAGGCUCAGGUCAUCACCGACAAAGACACGGGGAAAAAGCGAGGCUUCGGUUUUGUUUACUUCGAAGACAACGACUCUGCCGAUAAAGCCGUCGUGAUGAAGUUCCACAUGAUCAGCGGACACAAGGUGGAGGUGAAGAAGGCGCUCACCAAGCAAGAGAUGCAGGCUGCCGGCGGUCGCGGCGGCAGGGGAGGCCGAGGAAUGGGCCGGGGAAGCGGCGGCUAUGGCGGCGGAAGGGGCGGUUACUAUAGCGACUACGGCUAUCAGAAUGGCGGAUACGGUAACGAUGGUAACUACGAAAGCCAGAGUAGCUACGGUGGAGGCUAUAGCGACCAGAUGUCCGGUGGAUACGGCAACGGGAAUGGCUACAGUGACUUCGGCGAGGGUUAUGGACAGCAGGCUUCGGGUUAUGGCGCUAUGAAAGCCGGCUACUAUUCCGGCAGGAGCAGUGGGCCCUACCCACGCGGAGGCGGCGGCGGCGGUGGUGGAUAUGGAAGAGGUGGCUAUGGUGGAUAUUAGAAGCACUAAAGUGACUCUAUAAGCUGUACGUCGUUUUCUUUUGUUUUUUUUACGCAAACUAUUUGGACACUGGACUUUCAAAACUAAUUGUUUGGUAUUGGUUUUAAAUGAGAGAAUUGUUCUGUGCCAUUACCAGUACCAGCAGACACGCGUUGUGUUUUCCUUUGUUUAGGUUGAAUUGGUCAUGUUUACGCAAGUCAAGCCUGGUUAAACACCUUGUGGGCUUCUGUAUGAUCUGUUUUAGGUUUAUUGCCUGUCCAUCGUUUGAGACGAAACUCAGGGGUAAUGAAAUUUAAGCAGCUCAUUGUUUCACUUCAUGACCGAUUUUGUUUUAAGUGUAACUUAAUUUGUUUUAAUGGUGUUACACCGUUCCUAUUGUAAAACUGUUUUUAAGCAUAUUUAAUUUGAUCCAACAGUGGCCAUACAAGCCUUUUAACCAUUAAAAAUUUUUU